CCCAUUGUUGUCACAGCUGAAGGCGCCGCCGAAAUUGGAUGCUUUGUAGCCGUCGAUAAUGCUCUGCACCGUAGCCCCAUCCGCGGAUUCCUCGGGUUUUGUAGAAGCCAGGCCCAUAUUCGGCGCCACGUAGACGAAAGUAAGCCACGCCCCAGAAGAUGAACCCGAAGAAUGCAUCGAAGAGCGAACUCAUCAAGGAUAGCAAAUCCGAGAAAAACGGAAUGACUUCGGCAACGAUGAAGGCCAGGAGCCAAAGAAUGGCGAGAAUACCAGCCCAUGCCCCCCAUCCAGCAACAGUGUGGCUGCCCAUGUGCCUUGUGUUAUUAAAAAGACGGAAAAAGAUGAAGCGAGCGGACACGGAGGCGUAAAGAACACCCAGAAAGAUGAUGGUAGGUACCAUGAAGGAGAAAGAGACCUUGAGAAAGACGGGGUUGCCGAGCGAACCGAAAGCGGGUGCGGUCAUGUAGUUAGUUCCGGUGUAGGCGUACACAACACCUCCAACCAAACUGAAAACAAUAAUCUCGGCAAUAGUGACGGCCCAGAGCGCUUUGGGAAAGUCGUUGGGGUC